CUCGCAUACUUACUACAUUUUUUAUCGCCUUAUUUUAGCCUCGACUUUUAACUACGACUACCAGUCACACAAUAAUUCGCAGUGCUUCGCAGGUGUGAAUAAUAAUUUUUCAAAAACGUUGUAAUUAUUGUUUUUAAACGUUUGUGCGUUGAUUAAAAUUACCCAUCAACAUUCCUGUAAUUCCUCUUCGCCACCUGAGCCAAAAAAAUAUGGAUUCUAAUGACACGCCAAAAAAGGCAGUAUUCGGCGUAGAUAUAGGUGGCACUUACGCCCGUGUUGCGCUGGUGCAACGGGUGCAACCUAAAAACGAUGAUGAGACCGAUCUCGAACUGACACUCGUCAAAGAUAUUCCAUCGGUUGUUUCAUUUCUGAAUGAUGGUAAAUGUCUGGUUGGUUGGGCUGCUGAAAAAAGAACAGUUGCAAGUCCCUUGAAUACGUUCUACGCGACCAAACGAUUGAUAGGCAGACGCUACGACGAUUCUCUAGUCCAAAAUACAAUAAAUCUGGUCGGUUAUAAAAUCUUUGAACAGACCGACGGUAAUGCCUGCUUAGUCAGCAGCAACGGAAACCGGGUAUUGAGUACGGCCCAAAUUGAAGCACUAAUUUUAUUAAAACUGAAAGAAUUUUGCGAAAAGGAAUUGAAGAAUACUAUUCCUCUGGAAAAUAUCGUGCUCACUGUUCCUCCAUAUUUCAACGAUAAUCAAACACAAGUUAUCAAAGAAGCAGCCUCAAUUGCUGGAUUGAAUGUCUUGGCUGUAAUAAAUACUCCUAUAGCUGCUGUCCUUUCUCACUGUACAGCUCUCGAAAGUGUGAAGGGUAGUAAAACUGUGGUUGUUUACGAUUUUGGAGGCAGUAGCUUUUGCGUAACCGUUUUAAAAAUCAAUAUCGAAGAUAGCAAAUUUGAAGUGAUGUCGACGGUGGGAGAUCUAUUUCUAGGAGGCGAAGAUUUUGAUGACAAGUUAGUCGAUUAUUUGGUCACCGAAUUGAAACGUGAAACGGGUAUCGAUUCUACGCUAAGUACGACCUCCAUGCAGUAUCUCAAAUGGUCGGCCAAAAACGCUAAAAUGGAUUUAUCCUAUCGCACCGAAGUCGACGUGAAUUUUUGGGGUAUAUAUUUGGAUUUGCCUACUCAAACUUCGCAGAUUAAACGUAUAUCCAUAAAGGUGACCAGAAAUAAAUUCGAAGAAUUGGUCGCAGAAUUGAUCGGCAAAACUCGUAGUCUGUGCCAAAAAGCGUUAGAAGACGCCAAAAUAUCCGUAUCCGAUAUCGAUGAUGUCUUAGCCGUCGGUGGUACAAGCAGGAUACCAAAAGUACAAGCCACUGUAGAAGAAUUUUUUGGUAAAGUGCCCACUGGAAGACGAAGUAUGGGCAUCAAUCGUGCCAACGCCGUUGUAGUCGGUGCAGCAUUUCGAGGCCUCAUAUCAGCAUCAGAAAUUUCCAACGAACAACAACCUGCACCGGCUCCGUCAUUCAGUAUUCCAAAAUUUGUGAAGGAGACUGAUGUGUUCAAUUUUGUAACCGCGGAUGAUGGUGAUGGCGAUCCGGAAUCGAUUCUAGACAAUUUAAAAGAAUCGAACUAUUUAGAUAUGUAUACGUCGGAACACGCCGAAGAGAUAGUUUAUAGAUCGUGUAAGCCCACUCCAGAAACCCCUGCUGAUGAUGAUGAUGUUAAUUAUAUUGCAGCCUACGAGAAGGUGAUGGAUACAAGAAGAGAAAAGGAAUGUCACGAAUUACCCCAAGAAAUAGAAGAUAGGAUUAAUUUGAUAAAACAGAAAAAAGAUGAAUUUGUGGAAAAAGAAUUAGCCCGUAGGAUGUUACCAUCAGCAGACAUGAUUAAAUCGAUGUUAGAAUAUAAACUGUUCCUAUGCCUAGAUACUGAAAAUGCGCAGUGAUUGUUGUUUUUUGGAGGAGAUUUUGGAAAACAUUUUUAAAAUCCAUUAUAUUUUGAGUGAUUUUGUUUCCGAGCGUCGUUGUUGAUCAGAAUAAUUUCAGCUAGGAGAUUCCGCGAGUACAAUUUUUUAAUCAACGGUUUAUACAUAUAGUAAUUUCGUUAAAUUCAUGAAUAACAUAUAGUUACCUAAGUAUUUCUGUUUGCAUUAUUUUAUACAUUUUUUUUCAUUUUUUUUUUUCAUUUCCUAGUCUCGUUUCUAUAAAAUAAAACCGAUUUUAUCCAUU